AUGCCGCUCACUAUCCUCUCCCAAUCGCAGCUUCGGCAACUGCUGCUCUCUCUCACCCGAGAUGAGAUUAUCGAACUCCAACGGAGCCUCUCUGAAGCACUCCGCGAAUACUCAACCGGCUCCCAGGAUCAGGGUUGCUCGGCCACCUAUCAGCCCCAACGAACUGCCAUUACCCGCUCAAAUGGUUGCACCACACUCUUCAUGCCUGCCACCACGGGCAAGACACUUGGUAUCAAGAUGAUCUCCCUGCAGGACGGUGGCACUGCAGGGUGUGCCAUAGAGCGUGGGGGGUUCGAUAUUCCAGAGGGCGAGUCUACAUCUUCUCGAUCGCGCGGUGGAUCUAUAAGGAACUCGGUGGCCUCGCUAUCAUCAGAGAUGAGCGAUUUGUCUGUUGGGUCAUCCCAUGAAGAUGAUAACUCGAUUAGCCCCUCCGUUACCACGGGAAGCAGCGGCGGAGGCGACAGUACCGAUAGUUCCACACUGCUGACUGGUUGCGUCAAUCAACAACCAGUCACUACUGGAAAUCUCUCAUCAACCCUAGGGGCAUGGCCCGGGGCAGGCACGCGCGACACCUCACCCAGGGGAAGUGUCACCCUUUUGGACGCGCAGUCACUCCCAUUCGGCUUGAUCAACGCCCACGAACUGACGGCCUUCCGCACAGCGCUGGCAUCACUGAUGCUUUUUAACAAGCGCAAGAAGGUCCGCACCCUCCUGGUGUUUGGGGCUGGCACCCAAGCAUACUGGCACAUCCGGCUGGCUCUUAUCCUGCGCAGCAAUGAGAUUCGACGUGUCUAUAUUGUCAAUCGUUCCUUCGAUCGCGCCGCGGAGCUUCUCCGUGAUAUCUACCUUCCCGAAAACACCGAGUGGCGCCGCGAUGUGAAAUUCUCGGCCAUGAGCAGUGACUUUGGUGAAUACAACCGCAUCCUGAAGGAACAUGUUCGAAAGGCCGACGCUAUCUUCUGCUGCACCCCAUCUUCCACACCUCUCUUCCCAGCUGAGUUUUUGACCUCUCGAGAGGGUCGCCAGAAAGGUCGUUUCAUUGGCGCAGUGGGCUCCUACAAAAACCAUAUGGCCGAGAUUCAUCCGGAUAUUCUUCGGGACGAGGUCAAUGUCACGCCGCCCCACCGUCACUUCCACAAGCAUACCAGACGCAGCGGGGUUAUCGUGGUGGACAGUCUAGACGCAGCCAUGAAAGAGGCCGGCGAGAUCAUCCAGGCCGGCAUCAGACCUCACCAGGUUGUGGAACUAGGCGAGUUGAUGAUGGUGCGCCAUGCCGCUCGCAAAGCUAGCGAGGAGGAGUCUGCAGACGAGGAGAAGAGCCUGCGGGAAUGGGUGGAGCGAGGAAAUGUCAUCUACAAGAGUGUCGGGCUGGGCUUGAUGGACUUGGUGACGGGCGGAGACCUCGUGCGUCUCGCGCGUGAGCGAGGAAUUGGAACAACCGUCGAGGACUUUUAG